AGGGGCCGAACCGGCACGAAGCGGCCCAGUCGAGCCGAGCCGACGGCCUGGAGUCCGGAACCGAGGAGGUCCGAAGAGGUCCGAAGUGUGGAGCCGAGGCGUGCCGAACUGGUACGAGGCCGCACGAGGAUUUCCGAGCGGCUCUGCGCAAGCCCUUCUUAGCGCCUAGGAGGCCGCGCCGGCCGUCGUCCCCGGCCCACAGGAUCGCCGACUGUGGGGGCCGACGGUCGCCGGUCUCCGACGCGGCGCGGCCUAGCCUGGGGAACCUUGCGCCACAGGCUCCGCCCGCCUCGCCGCGAGCGAGAGCUGAGUCCAGCCGAGCAGAACCGAAUGGAGCCGAAUGUUUCCGAGUCCGUGUCCUCCCAGCCUCGGCUCCCCGCCCCCUCCUGUCCGAAAGGGGCCGAGCGCCGCCGGACCGACUAAUCCGGCCUCGGCCGAGGCUCGGAGUCAACUCUCGAAAAUGCGGAGCGGUCGGGCCCCUUCGACAGCACUGGCGAAAAUGGCCGAAGGGACGCGAGCGGCGGGGCCGAGAGGCUGCCGGGAUCCUGGCGGACUCGGUGGGCGGGGCCUGGGCAAGAUGGCGGCCGCGCGGCGAGGGGGCGCGUCCUCCACGGCCCUCUCAUCGGUCCCCCUGCAAAUGCUGCUCUGUCUCAGCGGGACGUAUUUUGCCCUUUAUUUCCUGGCUACGCUCCUGAUGAUCGCCUACAAAAGUCAGGUUUUCAGUUACCCUCAGGAUUACCUGGUCCUGGACCUGACUCUACUGAUUCUGAUGGGGAUCCUGGAAGCAGCCCGGUUGUACUUGGGUACCAAGGGCAACCUGACGGAGGCCGAGCUGCCACUGGCCGCCAGCCUGGUCCUCACCGUGGCCAGUUCCCUGCUGACCGUCUAUUUCCUGCUGUGGCAGACCCUGGUGCUGCGGGCAGACUCGGCCCUCAGUACCACACUCCUGACGCUCCACGGCCUGGAGGCCAUCCUGCAGGUGGUGGCCAUCGCUGCCUUCAUCAGAUAGAUGGGCGACCUCGGCCCCCGGACAGCCCUGGACAGAAGCCCUCUUGGGAGCCUAGCAAUCCCCACCCUAUGGCACAGAGGGAAGGGCAUUUUCCUGCCAAUUGGUCCCAUAUGACAGGGUCAGGUGGUUUGGGCGGUUAUGAGUCAUCUUGGGGGCAGGACCAGGAUAUAACAGUGAGGCCACCUGUUGGGGAGAGCUGCAGGCUGAGUCAGAGACUGCCCUGGGACAAAUCCAGGGAUGGCCCCAAGCCAGCAGGGGGCCAGUGGGCUUCACCCUGUCACUGGCCAGCUCCCUCGAAGGUAUGCACAGAGGCCGGCCAGCCACACCAGGAUGGUGCACGUUUUCUCGCUGUGACAGCACUCUUCACACAGGUCUUUGUGUUCCGUAGUGUCUACCCUAUGGGAAACAGCUGUGUGGGUGGGACAGUGAGCCAGGGGUCCUCAGCCACUCAGGCCAAGUCCUGGAUGGACAGCUUCCAAAAGAAAAGAUAUGGGAGAGCCAGUCAGCCCCAGUGUGGGGCACCUCUGCAGCAGCCACAGCUCCUUCCCUGGGGGUUCUGGCCUAGCCGCGACACCCAUGGCGGGCAGCACAACUGACAGCCACCUCAGGGCUCAGAUGUUCUAGCCUCCGUCAUUACAACGCCAGUCACGUUUGCACCCAGCGCCAGGCGAAUCCAGGUCCGCUGUAAGCUGAUCCUCUCUACUAACUUUCCUCCUUUCGCUCCUGUUGCGCGUUUUCUAUGUGGAGUAACGUGUUCAAAUGGGUGUGUAGUUUCUCUUCAUAUUUUUCAAAUAAAGAAGUGUUUACACCUC